AUGACGAUGAUGGCUUGUCUCAGGGUGGUAGCAUUGGAAAUAAAAGCUUUUGAGGUUCAGGUGACAUAUUGGAGGGUAUCCUCAGAUGACCUCAGAAAAGGGGAAAUGAGGACUGUGAUGGCUCACCAGCACUCUUCGUGGAUCUUCGUUAAUGAGAGGACAUUCAUUACCGGGGAACAACUUAAUUCUUUAUUGAAGACCUAUAACAUUUUUUAUGGGAACCAGAAAAAUCUGCAUAUUUUAUAUGGACAGACAGAAGAUGGAGAACCAAUUGUUGAAGGAAUGUUGGACAUUUCCUGGGGAGUAAAACGGCCUAUACAACUGAAAAUCCAAGAUGAGAAGCAAAUCCCUUCUUUUACUAAAGUGAAGUCGCCAGAUGUCUUUUCCAAAAGGGGAAUGACACGCUGGGGAGAGUUUGAUGAUCUUUACCAUAUUAGUGAUUUGGACAGGACCCAGAUUCCAGCGUCUGAAGCAACAAAUUCCCAAGAAGGUCAUUUAUCUUAUCACAGUAGCACUCUGAAACCUUAUGCAAAAGAGGAGCCAGAAUCCCCACUGCUCUAUCGCACCAUGAGCGAAGCAACCCUGGUGAGAAAAAGGAUGAAGCCUCCAACGAUGGACGGAAAAAAGUUACAGAAGCACAGGGCCUCUAUUAACGGGCACUUCUAUAACCAUGAAACAUCGAUUUUUACUCCAGCCUUUGGAUCAGAAACUAAGGUCAGAAUAAACAGUAAUAUGAGGACUGAAGACGUAAUAGAGCAACUUCUCCAAAAAUUUAAGAUUGAAAAUAGUGCCCAAGAUUUUGCACUUUACAUUAUUUUUGCAACAGGAGAGCAGAGAAGGCUAAAGAAGACAGAUGUCCCCCUACUGCAUAGGCUCCUGCAGGGACCUUCCAAAGACAAUGCUCGCAUUUUCCUCAUGGAGAAAGAUGCAGAAGAAAUUAGCAGUGAUGUGGCUCAGUACAUUAACUUUCAUUUUUCUCUCCUGGACUCCAUCCUUCAAAGAUUAAAUGAAGAAGAGAAGAGAGAGAUCCAAAGAACAAUAACCAAAUUCAGUACAGAAAAGGCAAUUAUACUGAAAUGUCUUCAAAGUAAAGGGGUAGGAAAAACAGAGACAGCGGUUUAG